GCAGAAUCGAGCCACAAACAAACGCAGUGGAACUCUGGAAAGCACGUAAUUUUACUUGCAAAUCGACGAUCCCGACGAUUUCGGGAGGCGAUUUUGUGCUCCUGAUCCAGUCUGCGUCUGAACAGUCACAACUUAAACUGCUGAGAUGUCGCUGGCUGAUGAGCUCCUGGCUGACCUGGAGGAGGCCGGAGACGAGGGGGAGGACGGGCUGUACCCAGAGGGAGAUGAGGGGGACAGCGAUGGAGAGGCUUCCCAGGUCAGGGCGGACGGUGGGCUGGAAGACAUCCCAGAGGAGAUGGAGGUAGACUACAGUAAAGCUGAGAGUGUUGCGUCCAUUGCGAAGCUUCGCAACAGCAAGCAGUUUUCAGAGAUCAUCGACAAAAUUUCUGUAUAUAUUGGAAAGCAACGCAAGAACUCUGAGGUGGCCGGUCCAGUGGAGGCCGACCCGGAGUACAGACUGAUUGUAGCAGCCAAUAAUCUCACGGUGGAGAUCGACAAUGAGCUCAACAUCAUUCACAAGUUCACAAGAGACAAAUACUCCAAGAGGUUCCCGGAGCUCGAGUCCCUGGUGCCAGAUUCUUUAGAUUACAUCCGCACAGUCAAGGAACUUGGAAACAAUCUGGAGAAAUGCAAAACCAACGAGACUUUACAGCAAAUUCUCACCAACGCCACUAUUAUGGUUGUCAGUGUUACGGCCUCAACCACACAGGGGACGAUGCUCAGUGAGGAAGAGCUGAAGCAGCUGGAGGAGGCGUGUGACAUGGCUCUGGAGCUGAACCAGUCCAAACACAGAAUAUACGAAUAUGUGGAAUCCAGAAUGUCGUUCAUCGCCCCAAAUCUGUCCAUUAUUGUUGGAGCGUCGACAGCAGCGAAGAUUAUGGGUAUCGCCGGCGGCCUCACGAACCUGUCAAAGAUGCCGGCCUGUAACCUGAUGCUGCUGGGAGCUCAGCGGAGGACGCUGUCGGGCUUCAGCAGCACGUCGCUGCUUCCCCACACCGGCUUCAUCUACCACUGUGACGUGGUUCAGUCUCUCCCACCUGACCUCAGGAGGAAGGCAGCUCGCCUGGUGGCUGCUAAAUGCACUCUGGCAUCCCGGGUGGACAGUUUCCAUGAGAGUUCAGAUGGGAAGGUCGGCUACGACCUGAAAGAAGAGAUCGAGAGGAAGUUUGACAAAUGGCAGGAGCCUCCGCCGGUGAAGCAGGUCAAACCACUUCCUGCCCCGCUGGACGGGCAGAGGAAGAAGAGAGGAGGACGGAGGUACCGAAAGAUGAAGGAACGUCUGGGACUGACUGAGAUCAGGAAGCAUGCCAACAGGAUGACCUUUGCAGAGAUUGAAGACGACGCCUAUCAGGAGGACCUGGGCUUCAGCCUGGGUCAGCUGGGGAAGAGCGGCAGCGGCAGAGUCCGACAGGCUCAGGUCAACGAGGCCACCAAGGCCAGGAUCUCCAAAUCCCUCCAGAGAACGCUGCAGAAGCAGAGCAUGACGUACGGAGGGAAGUCGACGGUGAGGGAUCGCUCCUCGGGAACCAGCUCCAGCGUAGCCUUCACUCCGCUGCAGGGCCUGGAGAUCGUGAACCCGCAGGCUGCAGAGAAGAAGGUGGCUGAAGCCAACCAGAAAUAUUUCUCCAACAUGGCGGAGUUCCUCAAAGUCAAGAAAGACUCUAAAAUGUGAACAGAAUCCUCCCGCACUCAGCCCUGUAUGGAGUCUCCACUUUCAUUUUGUCGUCUUUCUUUUCUUUUUUACCGUCACUGGUUAUCGAUUUUCCGAUUUUAAUAAAACUAAGAAUUCAUA